GUGGUGGUACUGUGGGUACCUUGCGAGCGCUUUUACUCGCGGGAAGUAUGGUGUCCGCAAUGUUUUCGGUACUCCUGACGUUUGGUUGUGUAGUUGCGGUUUUGGCGGGUAACGAUUUGCAAAAUAAUGCCGACAUUUUUCCGGAUUUACCGUUGGGUGUCAUUGAUGGGAAAAAUAAUUUGUGUAGGGAUCAGACCCGGAUGUACUUAGAAAAUUUGAGGAACAUGAGUUUAUGGGCUUACGAGAUGCACGAUUCAACGGCAAAAUCCGUCACCGGAAUUCUACGGGGAAGCAUAUUCCAAUUCGGCCAUUUCGAGGAAUGUUUAAGCGCGAAAGCGCCAUUUGCGACUCAAUAUUGUCUGACGGCGAUAUCAGCUGAUGUUCCACCGCCUGACCCUCCAAGAGAUAGCAAAUCGUUAUGGUACAAUCCCAACGAAAUCGUCCUGAGAAAAAUUUAUGAUCACAAAGAUCCGUCCCAGCAACCAGAAAAUUCUGUGCUCGUCGGGUGGUGCAUCCCCGCAACGUGUUCUGCGAGUGAUCUUCGUGAUCAUUUAAAUAAAUAUUUGGAUGAAGUUAAAUCUCCAUUUAAAGAAAGGAAUGUAACUUACGUUUCGCACAUAGACGAAAAGAGUUGUCAAACAAAAGACGAAAUACAGUAUCUAGAUCAUAUAGACAUUUCCUUCUGCCUGGUAUCCGUAAUUAUUGCAGCUUUAGUCGUCGCCUCCACGAUAUUUGAUGUUAUUUUGCAACACGAAGAAAAACUGUCAAGAAGCUCUCCAUUGCAAAAGCUGGCACUGUCCUUCUCACUUAAAAACAACUUUGCCAAGUUAACGAGGAACGAAGACUCCAACUCCGCUUUGCAAAUUUUAUACGGAAUGAGAGUUUUCUGCAUUUUGAUGAUCAUCAUUGACCACAGAUUCGGAACAUUCCUCAGCAGUGGAAUACUAAACUUCAAUACGGUUGAAUUUCAAUAUAGAUCGACGUUUGGAACCCUAUUUUUCCACGGAGAUUUGUUCGUGGACUCUUUCUUCAUCUUGAGUGGUAUAUUAGUCUCCUAUUGUCUGCUGGUACAGUUUGAAAAGAAGUUUAUUAAUCCUGGCAUCUUAAUAAUAAUGCGUUAUAUCAGGCUAACACCCUUGUACGCAUACGUUAUUUUCUUUUGUGCCACAAUAUUUAAUUUUACUGGAUCCGGAGCUAUGUGGAAAACGAUAGUCACGCCCGAAGUUCAGGACUGCAGAGAAAAUUGGUGGAUCAAUUUGCUUUACAUCAGCAAUUACGUUAAACCGGAAAAAAUGUGUAUGGUCCACACUUGGUAUUUGCCAUGCGACUUCCACUACUUCAUCCUAGCUCUGCCGCUCUGCUUGGCGAUCCAUAAGAACAAGAAAGUCGGACUGAUACUAUUGGGAGUUUGCACAUUCCUCUCGGUUUUGGUACCAUUCAUUAUCAUAUUCCUACACAGUCGGCCAGCAGUACUGUUCUUCUAUUUGGACUUCAUAAGAUCUCCAAAAACGCACACGGACUUUCUGUUCACGUAUAUUAAGUCCCAUGUGCGAGCCGCGCCAUAUUGCAUUGGCAUGAUCGCGGGAUAUUUGUUUUACAGAAUGAGGCAACAGAAAUCUAACUUGAGUCUGAUUUCGUCGUAUUUAGUGUUCUUUGUGUCCUUGAUUUUGAUGAUAGGCUCGAUAACUACAGGCGCAAUUUUCUACAAUCCAUACUAUAAAUAUAACGCGUUAGAAUCAGCAGCAUACGCUGCUCUCCACAGAGCUGUUUGGUCUGUUGGUAGCGUCGGCAUACUCUACGUCAGCAGCUACGGCCACGUCAAAUUGGUGUACAAUUUUCUGUCAUGGAAACCUUGGAUACCGCUCAGCAAACUAGUAUACGGGGCUUAUUUGGUGCACUUUCAGUUUCAGCUUAGGGCUGUUGCGAAAAAAAGCGCCGCUGAUACGACAACUUAUUUCGAUAUCAUUAGUUAUGGAUUAUCCGAUGCUGUACUGGCUUUUUCAACCGCCUUUGUUUUAUAUUUGGCGGUAGAAGCUCCAUUUAGAAAUAUAUUUUCUUUGCUUUUCUUCCCGCCUAAGGAAAACCAACAAGUCAAGUCCAAGGAAGAGAAUGUGAGUGAAACAACCUGUGAUAGCCAUUUAUAAAAACCCCGCAAAGACUUCUGUAAUUUCUUUUGAAAUUACCGCAUUUUAAGCUUUGAUGAAUAUGUUUAUCAACAACUGUUGCUACCAACUUUAUGCAAUGUAAUUUCUCAAAGUAUUCCAAUAUUUUUUUAGGAUGUGUAAAUAUUAACUAGUCAUGUUGUAAAUAGUAGAUUAAG